AUGCUCAGGAAGUCCUUAUUGUUGGCCUUGUUGGCCAGUCGAGUCGUGACUGGAGCCCUGGCGGCCGAUGUCAUUGCGAGUUCAGUCGAGCCCUUUGACCCUCUGGCGAUAGUGGUAGAUGUGGCAGAGCAGCCCAACCUUCACGAGAAUGUCGCCAGGCAUGAUUUGGGGCAUUUCCUGCAGCGCAGGAAGCACAAGUCCAGCAGCAGCAGCAGCAGCAGCAAGGGUAAAGGUAGUACACAUGAGACUGGUAGCGAAGACACCACCACCAAAGCUGAAGAAAAGAAGACAACAACCACCAAGAAGGCGGAGUCGACAACAUCCACCAAAUCCACAACCACUCAUACGACCACCACCACGACUACCACCACGGAAGAGAAGCAGACAUCUACUACCUCCUCGAGCUCUACCACCUCUCAUUCCUCUUCCACUACUGCAACUUCGACUGCUACUAGCACCACCGCGACCACUAGCAAGACCACAUCCACGGUGUCGACAUCUUCUGAGCCUGACUACUCAACGACUUCGAUCAGCACAACGUCAACAUCAGCACCCACAGCUACCUCUAGCUCUACCACGACCGCUGUUGCAGCAGAGCACUCUCCUACCACUUCUAAGGAGGCAGCCUCCCAGUCAGCUACCAGCUCUAUUGAAGCAGGGCAUGGGUCUACAAGCACGGUGGACACGACAACGAAAUCUGUCACAACCUCUGCAGAGCUGCACCAUGCCUCAUCAACCAGGAUCGAUACGACGCACACGUCCACAACCACCUCCCUCCCGACUUCGGUGGGAGAGGAGCAACCGGCUAGUGCAAGCGUCCAGGUCGGCACAAGCACCACUGAGGCACCCAGCGCGGCGACCUCGACCGAGUCAGGCUCUGAUGAGUCGGGGAGUUCAGACGACGAUGGUUCUUCUUUGUCAGACACGAUCAGCAGUAUCGGAGACACGAUCAGCAGCGUAGGUGAUACCGUCGGUAGCAUCGGCGAUACUAUCUCUUCCCUUGAGGAUGGAUCCGACGACGGCUCAACCACCUCAGACGACUCCGGAAGCUCCUCCCUCUCCUCCCCCUCCUCCGCCCUCAUCAUCGACGAUAGUUCCACCGCGGCCGCAAUCCCCUCCUCUACUCCAAUAGCCUCGAGUUCCCGACCACCCAGACCCCUGCAGACCUCAACCUUCACCAUCAUGGCUUCGCCAACAUCAUCUCAAACCACCCCGGAGGCGACACUGAUUGUCUAA